AUGGGAUUCGUCAACGAGUACAAGGACGUGCGGGCCUAUGGCAACACCAAGUUGAGCGUGAUUCAGAGGAACGACAAGAAGCAGAUGGCGACCUUCCUCAAGCAGUACGAGCGCCACCUCAGACUCCAGCACCAAAAGAUCGUCGAAAUCGAUCUGGAGUACACCAAUGAGCCUAAAGAGAUGCAUAAACCCGCCCUCUUCCAACUCUGUGUCGGCAAGACUCAGUCGGUGCUACUCUUCAAAUUGAGUAUCGUUGAAAGGUGCACCGUCUUCGACAACUUCCUCGCCAACCCCAGGUACACAUUUGUUGGCUUCUCCAUCGGCGGCGACAAAACCAGGCUCGAGCACGUCAACUUGGAGGUGACCAACUUCAUCGACAUCCAGAAGGAAUGGAGGGUGUCGGAGGCCACUAAGGAGUUGGACUGCCUUGCGGAGAUCGCUGGCUUGCUCGUCAACGACUACUACAAUGACAUGAAGAAGAAGAUCACCAACGAGGAGCACAAGCGUUGGGGCUCCCUGCCCCUAUCCAAGAGGCAUAUCAAGUACGUGGCAAAGGACACAUACACAGCAUACGAGAUAUGGUACCGCGUCACCAUCACCAGGACAAGCUUCGUUGCGCAAAGCUGA